UAUCUGUCACUUCACUGGUCGCUACUGUCACUACUCACUCCACUUCACAGGGUCGCUGCCUGCGCCGUUAAAAAAAACGCUACCAAAAAUUAAAACCCGCAGUCUUGUGCAGGCAGUGGUUUUCUUUACAAAAAAUUGUGAAAUUUUGAAUCAGCCACUACUGUCAAAAAAUGUCCGGAAUUGCUGCAACUCGUUUGGCAGAAGAGAGAAAAGCAUGGCGCAAAGACCACCCUUUCGGAUUUGUGGCACGCCCUUCGAAAAAUGCUGAUGGAUCUUUGAAUUUGAUGAAUUGGGAAUGCUCCAUUCCAGGAAAAAAGGGCACCCCAUGGGAAGAGGGACAUUAUAAACUCAGAAUGUUGUUCAAAGAAGAUUACCCCAGCAGUCCACCGAAAUGUAAGUUCGAACCACCGCUAUUCCACCCUAAUGUCUACCCGUCAGGAACAGUUUGUUUAUCGCUUUUAGAUGAGGAAAAGGACUGGCGCCCAGCCAUCACCAUUAAGCAAAUUUUACUGGGUAUCCAAGAUUUGUUAAAUGAACCAAACGUUAAGGAUCCAGCCCAAGCUGAAGCUUACACAAUCUAUUGUCAAAACCGUUUGGAGUAUGAGAAACGAGUCAAGGCACAAGCUAGAUCUAUGAUGCAUCAAGAAUAAAAUUGUGGUGGAGGUUAAAUGAUCAGUAUUUAAGCUACCUAACUGAUUAAAAAAAAAGCCUAAAUAUAAGCCAAGGUUCCAUUUCACUUCAAUUUUACAUAUGACAUUUUAAUCAUGUUAAUUUUGAUUUAUUUAGAACGUGUCAACAGUCACGAACAUUGGAUCAUGUAAAAAACCAAAGUCCCGAAGAAAAGUGGCUUAAUACCGUACUUGAGCAUUUUCAAAAAAAAAAAAACUUUUCAGUGGUUUACGAUACGUUCUAUUUUUUUCCAUGAUUAUAAAGCAGUGACAAUUGUUGAUUUUCUUAGAUAAUGAUAUCAUAAUUGUAAAGACAACAAUUAUUCAUUUCAGUUUUAAUACAUAAUUAUUUUUUUUGUAAUAUUUAAGCUAGUCUUAAGGUUUUUUUUGUAUGCGUCCUCUACUGGUAAUUAGGAAAAUGUACUACUUCUACGAUGUUUAACAAUGUAUCAAUAUCAUUCUGAAUUCUUCUAGUAUAUUUUUUUCUUCCACAAUAAUUACGUAGGAGUACUUAUAAAUAAUAAAUUUUAGUUUUCAAAAAAAGUGUUUCA